AUGCUGCACGGCGACGUCUACCUCGUCGCGUACCUCGCCGCCAAUGUCUUGGCCAGCGCCUUUGCGAUCGCUGCCAUUGUGCUGUCGCAGUCGUGGGCCAUGGCCCUCCUCGAUCCGUACGCCCUCUUGCCGCUCGCCAUCGUCCUCCUCGCCGUCUGCCUAUGCGGCUUUGGAUUUGUGUUUCGGUCGCCCCGCGAAGGCUCGUUCCGGCUGCUCGUCUUUGUCGCGAUGUUGCAAGCUGUGACUUUGAUGGCGAUGGGCAUACUUGUCCAGCCAACGAUAUCGGACCUCGAGCGCGUGGACAACGCGCCCAUCUUGGCCGCGUACGUGCACAAGCACGCGGCCGCGUACGCUGCCAACGUCGCGCAGUCAAUGUCGGACGAGACGACGCUCUUUACAGCAGCGUUUAUCAACAACAGGACGAUCUACCGCCCCGAUACGUUUGAGGGCGGCGUCGUGCGCCUCGCCACCGCCUUUGAGGACGCGUACUGUGCCACCGCCGGCCGCGCCUUCUGCGACGUCUUCCCGCUCGUGCAGACCCUCUCCGUGCCCCGCGUCUACCUCGGCGAAGUGGGCUCCACGUUCUGGAACAUCUCGAUCCAUGCGACGACGACGCUCGCUGCGUUCUGCACUCGCGUGCAAACCCCCUCGGCGCUGCCCACGCAACUGCGCAGCAUCUGCCGCGGGUGUGCCGCCAUUUUGCACAAGUCGGCGGUCUCGCAGCAGCUGGCCAACUGGGUCCACGAGAAGUGUCCGGCGCGCCACGCAGACGUCAUCGGCGCGUCGUGCGUCGUCGACGCCACCGGCGACUUCGACCUCGGCCACACACCAACGAUUCAGGUGCCUCAAACGACGGCGCCAGCGGGGACGACGCCGUCGCAGACGUCCACCAACGUCAUUUCCAUUUCAUUUUUGACCGACCACGCGCUUCUCGCCAGCUUUUACCGGCCGUCAAUGCUCCCGUGCUUCGCCUUUGACUUGAUCGAGCGUCUCCGUUGCCAAGUGACAUGGCUCGUAACCCCCUCGUACGUCCUCGCCAUCGCGUUCUCCAUCAUCUCGCAAGGUCUCUUCAGCCUCGAGAAGCAACGGCGCAUGCGCAAUGUGCUGCCCUUGCCCACCGCGAGUCGUUGA